CAUAUUAAUGGUAGCAACCAUGCACGGAGGGCAAACGGGCCAUGCAUGGCGCCAGUAAUUUUCCUGCCUCACUGCAUUAUUCCCAAAUUCAGUGUAUUAAAGCGUAAGUUUCUUGUAUGAGAUUGUAAUGUAGCUGCACGCGAGCCCACGUGCAUCCAGUAAUUAAGUUGCUUGAAAUACGUUGCGAAUGUAUUACCACCUUUCGCCUUCGUUAUUCUUUUCCUUUAUUGUCUUGUUCCACGUCCUACCGUAUGAUGCAUUCAUUCAACAAGACGCAUGCGAAGGAGUGGUUCCUAACAAUGGACGACGACUCGCUGCAGCCAAGAACAAAUCUCUACCUAUAGCCGCUCUCAUACCGAUAUCGAGCGAACCGACGGGAAAGUCAGAAACAGAAGCGUUUUGUUACGCGGUGCGAGACAUCAACGAUGAUGACAACAUUCUUGCCGAUCACCGCAUUGUUCCUCUCAUUUAUGACACAAAAGGUGACCCAUGGACUGGUUUACAAUCGGCAAUAGAUGCAAUCAGCAAUGGAACCGUUGCAGUAGUCGGACCGGGACUGUCGUCUGUCGCCACAACCGUCUCUCCACUUGCUACUCGCACACACAUACCAUUCGUCACUCCGACGGCUCCAGCGGUCGCUCUAGCAUUACACGACGUGCAUCAGUUUGUUCUCCAGCUCAGUCCGAGUGACAAACUCUUGUCUCGAGCCGUCGUCCAGCUCGUUAAGCACUUCAAGUGGCAACAUGUUGGCAUCAUUCGUUCUAGUGUCUAUUACGGCCGCAACAGAUUUGGCAACAUCUACACGGUCGCGUCAGAAAACGGAAUCAAGAUCGUGCACGUCGCAGAAAUACCGUCAUCGUCUGUUGCAGAUGGCAAGCAGUUGGACAUUAGUAGAGUGACUCAAGAGAUAAAGCAGUUGAAAUAUCUUCAAGCGCGGAUUAUCGUGGUCGACGUGCUGGAUCGCGAUCUAGAGGAUGUAUUCCGCGUUGCUGACAAAGAGGGUAUGAUCGGAGAGGGAUAUGUAUGGAUUGUAAGCAGCGAAUCGCUAGCUAAAGUGUCGAAUCCUAAGAUGGAAGGAACGUUGGGUGUGAGUACUGCACCGCUGGAGAAAGCAAAGGAAUGGCAGAAAAAGCACAAUAUCACGUCAGAGGUAAAUGUGUAUCAGCUCUACACAUACGACGCUGUAUGGCUUUUAGCAAGAGCACUAGAUACCUUCAUUCGGAACGGAGGCAGUCCAGAAACAGUCGCUCUGCAAGAUAAUGUCAAAUAUCUAGACCUACCGAAACUGCGUAUGCUCAAGAAUGGUACCAGUCUCGUCGAGUGUAUUCGCAGCGUUUCGUUUGACGGAUUCUCGGGAGAGAUCAAGUUCAACCCGAACGGAGAGACAACGAAAACGUUAGACAUCGUGAACAUACAGGCCAACGGUUCCUUGGAGACGGUCGGUAAAUGGAAUCCGGAUGGACAUCAAGUGAGUGACCGUGUCGAUAUGGAUGAGACGAAUCCUGUUGUCUGGCCGGGUGGCUCCAAGACGGUGCCUCUGGAUAGAACCUCCAGUCUCGAGCAGACAGUAUACGCAAUGGUCAUGGUUACUGAACCAUUUGUUUUCUACAAAGACAGCGCCGCAGGAAACGCCAGAUUCUCUGGCUAUCUCAUUGAUAUCUUCGAGGAGUUACAAAAAAAUAUUACCUUUGAAUAUCAUCUGGAGAAAUGGAAUGGAACACACGACGAGCUCAUGAUGUACAUUGCCGCAUCCAACAACCCAUACACUGUAGCAAUAGCUGACGUUAUCAUUACGGGUAAUCGCUGGAAAGUCGUCGAUUUUACAACAAGCCUACAUUUGGUGUCGUUGGCGAUGCUACUAAAGGCACCAGAGGUGGCAUCUGCGUCGGGAGUAUGGGGGUUCUUAGCGCCGUUUCAUUACAGCGUGUGGCUACUUCUGCUAUUCUUCUUCAUCUUCAGUGCAAUUGUGCUUAAAUUAACAGAGGCCUAUCGCAUACGCCACCAAUCUCUCGGUAUGGGAGAAUGUUUGUGGAUGAGCUUCUCCGUAUUUUUCGGUACUCACAAAGAUGAUAACGUUACGUCAAUGUUCGGACGAGGUUGGCUAAUUGUCACACUCAUGACUCUUAUGAUUAUCAACGCUGCCUACACUGCCGUCCUGACAACAUUUCUUCUCUCCAAAGAGAUCAAACUGUCGGUCACUGAAGUACAGGAUCUCCUCAACGAACAGGUAGGUACAAUCAGAGGUACACAGACCUCUAGAUAUCUCAGAAACAUAGAAGGUUUGCUUCAUCUGCAAGAGAUGAAUUAUGAUGAGGUUGCCCAAUCCGUGGUCAACGGUAGCGUCAAGGCAUUCAUAUCGUCUCGAGUUGCUUUACAAUAUCUCGCAAAUGACAACUGCGACAUAUAUGUACCCAGCACAGACUACGAUAUACACCAAGAGAACAUUGCUUUUGUUGUUCAGAAAGGGAGCGUCCUCACACGAGCGAUGAACGCUAAAAUCCAAGAAAUGUGGGACAGCAACUACCUCAGCCAACUCUAUAAACGCCACUUCGUUUGGGCUUCACACUGCGACGAUCUCGCCACUAUCACGGACGUCGACACAAUAGAUCUCAGUGAAAUAGGGGGAAUAUUUAUUGUCCUCCUCGGAGUCACGAUCUUCGCAGUUGGAGGCCAGAUGGUUAAACGCGCAGGCUGGAUCCCGGGAACUAAACAGUGGCGUCAAAGAGACCGAGACAAGGCAAACACACAGGAUGGACAAUCAGAAAAUCACAAAUUGGUACUGAAUAAGGACGCUUGCCCCACCCAUUCAACUGAAAAGACAACAACAGACGCAUGAAACAUCAAUGGCCAAACUGCUACCUAUUUUUAUCCAUUUUUGAAAUACAUUAAUGAAUCUGUCGUAUUUGUCGUAUUUGUCAAUCUGAUCAAUCUGGUCGUAUUUGUCGUAUUUGUCGUAAUCAAUCUGAUCAAUCUUGCCGUAUUUGUCAAAGCUUGAAAAUUAUCCUAUUACAGUACUCUAUUGUCUGUGAGUAAAAGGACUCAAUUACUG